AUGGCAUCCAAAGGGGAUAUUCAGAUUGCCACCCUGGCUGCCGGCUUCACCCUGGGAUUCGGCUUCUUGACCGUUUGGGAAGCCAUCAAGCAGACCCGCAGGAACAAGCGCCCAUGCAGAAGCGCCUACAUCUACAUGAUUUGGGGCGAGAUUCUCGCCAACCUUGCCAUUGGUGUCGUGGGAUAUCUCCUCCUCGACGGCGUCAUAUCACCCACGGUACCGGUUUUAUUUUGCAUCCUGAGCCUCUGGGUUCUCCAGAUCCAACUGCUUAUGCAAAUCAUCAUCAAUCGAAUUGCCAUCAUUGCAGAACACAGGAGUACGAUAUUCAACCUCAAAUGGGGCACCGCCUUCUUCAUCACCUGCAUCAACAUUGCAGUGUUCUGCAUCUGGAUUCCGGCACACACCGUCCCGCCAGUUAGCCAGCUAUUCGUAGAUAUAAACAGAGUGUGGGACCGCAUCUCCAAGAUUCUCAUCCUGCUCGUCGACGCCGGACUCAACUACUAUUUUCUGCGCACCGUGAAGAGAAGGCUCAUUGUGCAGCACUCCUUGACCAAAUAUACGCCCCUGGUUAGCUUCAACGCCAAGCUCAUGGUCCUCUCGGUCUGCAUGGACGUAGUCUACAUACAGUUCCACCCCGUGGCCUACAUGGUCAAGCUCAACAUUGAAAUGUCCAUGGCGGACCUCAUCACACGCCUUGCGCGAUGCGAGAAUGCCGACACUUACCUCCCGUCAACGUCGCAAAUCCGCAUAACUGCCGGACAAGUGGGAGGCGCUGGCCAGUACAAGUACGCCAUGCAGUCCGUCAACAGGUCAUCAAACGCCGUCUCCGAGGACUCGUCGUCGGGUGGUCUGGGAGCAGUGAGCACUACUGGGGGCCUGGGGAAGCUCACACCGGAAAUUCAGGUCGAGACGGUGAUUACUAGCCGAACAUCGCCUCGUUGUUGA